GGAAGGCACGCGGGGACUCGGCGAGAUCUUCGCGGCAGGGCCUCUCUGCCACUCCAGCCCAGCGCCCCUCGCCCCUCGCCGCGGCCCUCAGGAGUCAGCGCCGGAGCUGCGGUCCCCGCCUCUCGGAGACUCUCUCGGCCUCAGCGCGCAGUUAGCGUCGCUUUCCGCAGUUCCGGACCGCGGGCGAUGGCCGCCGCUGGGGGCGCCCGGCUCCUGAGCGCCGCUUCCGCGGUCCUCGGCGGCCCUGCAGGCCGGUGGCUGCACCACGCUGGGUCCCGCGCUGUUGCGGGCGGCCUCCUGAGGAGCCGGGCGCCUCGGGGGAGCUCUGGGGCGAGCCGUCCACUGAGCGUGUCAGCGCGGGCGCAGAGCAGCUCAGAAGAUAAAAUAACAGUCCACUUUGUAAACCGUGAUGGUGAAACAUUAACAACCAAAGGAAAAGUUGGUGAUUCUCUCCUAGAUGUUGUGGUUGAAAAUAAUCUAGAUAUUGAUGGCUUUGGUGCGUGUGAGGGAACCCUGGCUUGUUCAACUUGUCACCUCAUCUUUGAAGAUCACAUAUUUGAGAAGUUAGAUGCAAUCACUGAUGAGGAGAAUGACAUGCUCGAUCUGGCAUAUGGACUAACAGACAGAUCACGGUUGGGCUGCCAAAUCUGCUUGACAAAAUCUAUGGACAAUAUGACUGUUCGAGUGCCUGAAACAGUGGCUGACGCCAGACAAUCCAUUGAUGUUGGCAAGACCUCCUGAACUAGAACAAAUAGGAAUAUUUUCAUGGAAUUUUACCUAUUUUUAUAAUUAUUAUUUCUUAAUAUCAUUAAAUGAGAACAUGGAUGAGUGGACUUUGUAUUAUGACUAGCUUUACUAUUUUAAUUCACCUCAUAUAACUACUGAAUUUUGUAGUUCUUGAAAGUAUGCAAUUUUUAUUUUGAUUAUAUUACAAAAAUGUCAAUCAAAUAUUAGAAAAUAGUUAAUAUGAUAAAAAAAAACCUGACAUUUUUUUCCUUAUGUUUGUUUAGUGACUUUAGCAAAAUGUUUUCAUAUAAUCUCAUCUGUUUACCUAGAAGAUAGGUUAAGAAAAAGAUAUUAUUCUUGUUUGAUGUGGGUGAAGGCAGAGAUCUAACGGGCUAUACCACUAAUUAGAAAAUCUGUACUAGAACCUGUGUCUUAUUACUAUAAGUUAUAUGUUCAGACUGAAACUGGAGAAAUUAUGACCAUCUUAUUUAUAGCAGUAGUUAAAUAUGAUUGUAUAUGGACAAAAAUAUUUAAUUGCUCAGUUAACUGCUUAACUUCAAAGAUAGUUAUUAACCUUAUAAAUAAAUAUUUCCAAAUUUUGAUUGUGAAGUUUUAAGUCUGAACAUAGGCAUUAUAACACUGUCAAAGAUGUUUGAUCUCUGUUUUGACUAAACUAGAGGAAAGACUAUUGGAUGCGUUUAUUCUUUUCUAUUCUGAGAAGAAUGGCUUAACUUUGUACUCUUUGAAUAACAGUGCUGAUUUAUAAAUCUCUGCCUGUAACAGAAUGGAAACCUUAUGAAUGAAUUAUGUGUCUCUGUCCUGAGCUGGAGAAGGGAAUGAGCGGGCUGACAUAUCACGCAGCCCCAGGUGGCGCCAUUCUCUCACACAAGGAUGAGGCUCCAGAGUGAGCAGCCUGUGCUGCAGUGUGUGUCAGUCCCAGGAGGGAGGGAGUGGCCUGAGCACCACAGAUUACCAAGUAUGUGUGGAAGACAUUUGUGUCCUUAUCUUUACUAUAAAUAAAUUCAUAAAAGUUAA